ACAGGGCGGCAGGGAGGGGGAGCAGCGCCCCUGGAUGUACAAGGAGGUUUCCAAGGGCUGCGCAGCUCCUGGUUGCUGGGCACUUCUCGACAGCUCCGGGGAGGUCCGGCAGAGCCGCACGCCGGGGCCGCGGUGCCCGAGCGCCGUGCGGGGCUGCGGCUGGACAUGCCGACCUAGGGCACGGGCGCCCGGCUGCCCCCAGCCCCGCGCCCGGCUGCCGGCUCACGGAAUCGCAGCGUGUUCUGAGCUGGAAGGGACCCACGAGGAUCAUCACCAGCCCCUGUGUCCCUGCACAGCAUCCACCCCCACCAUGGAGCCACCUCCAGAGGUGAAGAGGAAUAGUUUCUCCAGCAUGAACUUUGAAGCAGAGAUUCUGACAACUCCACACGAUAAUUCAGAGCUCUACAUGAUCCCUUCCAUGAGAAGCCUCACGGCUGAGGAGUAUGUGGAGGCCUUUAAGUCCUUCUUGGACCACUCAACAGAGCACCAGUGCAUGGAUGAGUUCAACAAGGAACAAAUGCCCAACAUCGUGGCUGGUGUUGGCACUGGAAAAUCGACCAUCAGCGUUCUGGGAGUUGGGAGUGGCACAGGUGAGCAGGAUUUGAAAAUGAUCAGGAUACUGCAGGCUGUGCACCCAGGGGUCUUUAUUGACAAUGAGAUUGUGGAGCCCAACCCACAGCACGUGGCAGCUUACAAAGAGCUGGUGAAUCAAGCUCCAGACCUGCAGAAUGUUUCUUUUAUUUGGCACCAGCUCACUUCCUUGGAGUAUGAACAGCAGGUGAAGGAGAAAGGCACACAUAAGAAAUUCGACUUCAUCCACAUGAUCCAGAUGCUGUACCGUGUGGAGGAUAUUCCCAAUACUAUCAAGUUUUUCCACAGCUGCCUUGACCAUCACGGUAAACUCCUGAUCAUAAUUUUAUCAGACAGCAGCGGAUGGGCCAGCCUGUGGAAGAAGUACAGAGACUGCCUGCCCGCCACCGACAGCGGCCACUACAUCACCUCCAGCGGCAUCACGGAGGUGCUGCAGAGGCUCGGAGUGGAGCACCGCGUGUACGAGUUCCCGUCGGGCUGGGACAUCACCGAGUGCUUCAUCGAGGGGGACGCGCUCGGCGGCCGCAUGAUGGAUUUCCUGACGGGGACAAAAAACUUCCUGGGCACGGCCCCGCCGGCGCUGCGGCGGCGGCUGCAGGAGGCUCUGUGCCAGCCCGAGUGCAGCAGCACCAGGGACGGCAGGGUCAUCUUCAGCAACAACCUCAGCAUGAUCGUCGUGGAGUCCUAGAGCCCCGAGACGAGCUGGGCUGAGUGCGGGGCACGGCGGGCACGGGAAAGGGCAGCAUAGAGAGGAGGUGGGCUGGCAGGAUAAAGGCAAGGGAAGGGGAGUCAGCUGCAGCCUCCCCCUGCCAGCCAGCGCCAGGGGAGCCGCCUGCCGCGCUGGGAUGAGCUCUCUGUGCCGACGAGGUCGGCAGGGCCAGGAUUGCACCCUGGCUGUUUAGCCCAUCCCUAGGAGAAUAUUUUCCAGAGAGCAAAGAGCUCCAUCUCACUAAAAGCCUACCUGGAGUUGUGUUUAACAGUAUGCAUCCCGUCUGUGCCUUCAGUGGGACUUGCACUGUUCUAUGCAGCCAGCGUGUUUACACAGCCACAGACACGCGUCUGCACCACCUUCGCAGCUGGGAGGAGGUGGCAGCCCCUGCGCUGGCCGUGUACAGACCCACCCAGGCACUGCUUCCAUCUGUGCCAGGAGGAAAACAGCGAGAUGGCCUUGCUGCUUUGCACCCAGGUAAUGUCACUGCACCCAGGCCUGAGCUGUUAAGUUGCUCUGCACUAGGCUAUUUCACAUGGUUUUAUCAGCAUAGGCAUUUACUGCCCCAAGUCUCUCAGCGUCUCGCAGUACAGACAUGUCUUAAAAAUGUAUCAGCCUUUUUGUUUGGAGCAUAUUUUGGAACCCAGGAUGAUACUUGCUCUGUGCUCUUUCAGGCAGAUAUUAAUUUUGUUACUUUCUUACUACUGUUUGUCUCCAUAUAAAAUAAAAGCAAUCUUAAAACAAAAA